AUGCCAAGUCUAUCGACGGUACUAACAGCAACUAGAAUAAUCCAAGACGUCAAACGAUGCAUCGUUAUUCCGGAAAAUGAUGUUCGCCAGCUUUGUUUUUUAUCUCAGGAACUGUUGAUGCAGGAGUCCAACAUACAACUCAUAGACACGCCCAUAACGAUAUGUGGUGAUAUCCACGGCCAGCUUCACGACCUGCUGACGUUGUUCAGGAUUGCUAAAGACCCACCGGAAACAAAAUAUUUGUUUCUGGGUGAUUUUGUGGACCGAGGCUUCUACUCUCUGGAGACGUUCUUGUUGCUUUUGUGCUACAAGGUGCGGUAUCCAGACCGGAUUUUUUUGAUUAGAGGAAACCACGAGUCGCGGCAAAUCACCUCUGUUUACGGAUUUUACGACGAAUGCUUGAGAAAAUACGGGAACGCGAACGUGUGGCGGUACUGCUGUGAUGUUUUCGAUUACAUAUCUCUCGGGGCCUACAUAAUGGGUGCUUCUGGCGAGUCUGGUGGUGUAUUCUGCAUUCAUGGAGGUCUGAGUCCAGCUGUGGAGAAGAUCGACGAAAUCAGGCUUAUCGACAGAAAACAGGAGGUACCGCACGACGGUUCCAUGUGUGAUCUACUAUGGAGUGACCCCGAGGAAAAUAUUCCUGCGUGGGCAAUUUCCCCGAGAGGUGCUGGCUAUCUCUUUGGAUACGACGAGACCAAAAAGUUCCUGCAUAGGAACAACCUCAGUCUAAUUGCGCGCGCCCACCAGCUGGUGAUGGAGGGAUAUAAAGAGGUAUUUGACCACGGUCUGGUGACUGUGUGGUCUGCGCCGAAUUACUGCUAUCGAUGUGGAAACGUGGCUGCUGUGUUGACGCUGAGCGAUGAUCUUGAGAGGACCUACACAGUAUUUGACAGUGUUCUUCAGGAUUGCAAUGAGAUACCUUCCAAGAAGCCUGUUGCGGACUAUUUUAUAUAG